AUAGCCCACCACCUUCCUUUCUCCCUCCCAAUACUUUAUUCACCCUCAUCAAAAUCUAGGCAUUCUCCUCUCCACCCUCUCUCUCUCUCUCUCUCUCUCUGUGGAGUUGGAGAAGCUCCAAGAAAACUAAGCCAAUACAAGUUUUCUUCUCAUCCCCGCAUGGCGGGGCUCGAUCUCGGCACUGCCUCCCGCUUCCUCCACCCUCUCCACCUCCACCUUCCCCACACCAGGCCCGACUCGGAGGAAUCCCCCGCGGCCGGGGGCGACGGGGCCUCCGGUGAGGUGCAGGCCAGCCAUGGCUUGGAGCUGUCCGCCCCCGCUGGCCCUGGCGACGUCGUCGGCCGCCGGCCCCGCGGGCGACCCCCGGGGUCCAAGAACAAGCCGAAGCCACCGGUGAUCAUCACCCGGGAGAGCGCCAACGCGCUGCGCGCGCACAUGCUGGAGGUCGCCGGCGGCUGCGACGUGUUCGAGUGCCUGUCGACGUACGCCCGCCGCCGGCAGCGCGGGGUGUGCGUGCUCAGCGGCAGCGGGACCGUCGCCAACGUCAGCCUCCGCCAGCCUGCCGGCGCCCCCGUCGCGACCCUGCAGGGCCGCUUCGAGAUCCUGUCCCUCUCGGGCUCCUUCCUCCCGCCGCCCGCCCCGCCGGGGGCGACCAGCCUCGCGGUCUUCCUGGCCGGCGGGCCUGGGCAGGUGGUCGGGGGGAGCGUCGUCGGCGCGCUGAUCGCUGCCGGGCCCGUGAUAGUGAUCGCGGCGUCGUUUACCAACGUCGCCUACGAGCGACUGCCGUUGGACGAGGAGGAGGAGGAGGCAACGGCCGCGGCCGCAGCACAUCAGCAGCUCCAGAUGCACCCGCCGGUGUCACAGAGCCCCAACGCCGACGGAGGUGGAACAAGCGGCGGCGUCGGGACUUCCUUUACGGACCCGUCGUCCGGGUUGCCGUUCUUCAGCUUGCCGCUCAACAUGCCGCAGCUGCCGAUGGACGGGCACAGCGGGUGGGCCGGCAGUGCUUCUGCUGCCCGGCCGCCGUACUGAUCACGGAUCCAAAACGCGGUAGCAGCAAGCAAAGGUUAGACACGGAUCUAUGAGGACGAUCUCCAUGUAAACUUAAUUUGUCUCUGAAAACUCUCUCAUCUCAUCUUCUUCUUUGUCCUCCUUCUCCUAUGCUGUGAUAUUAUGGUCUUCUCUCAUGUGAUCAUCUUCCUCGAACCAUGUCGUUUGUUGUUCUAUCAUGAAAAUUCUGAUCUUUUCGCU